UAUCAAGCCUCUCUCUCUAAAAAAAAAAAAAAAAAUCGAUCCUGCAAACCCUUCUUCUUCUCCUCUUCAGCCUCAUCACCUGCAAAUACCCCCUCUCUAUCUAUUUUUUUUUCUCUUUUUUGCUCUCAUGGACCCUGCAAAACACCCUGCCAUAACAGUUUCAAACAUCAAAACUUUCAUACCUAUCACCCUUGAAAUGGAAACAAGCCAGUAUUCAUCAUGGGCUGAACUUUUUAAAAUUCAUUGCCGAGCGUAUCAGGUCAUCGAUCACCUAUCUCCACGAAAGAAAGAUCCCUCAACCGCUGCCUCAAAAGAAUCCGACAAGGACAAACAGUCCGUUGCCCAACCAGAUGAUGAGUGGAACCGUCUCGAUGCCAUAGUCCUUCAAUGGAUCUAUGGCACCAUAUCUAAUGAUCUUUUAUGCACCAUUAUCCGGCCCGAUUCAAACGCUUGUUAUGCUUGGACUGCUUUGAAAAACAUCUUUCACGAUAAUCAAGCGACAAGGGCAGUACUGUUGCAAAAGAAGUUUGCAAAUAUCAGGCUUGAAUCUUUUCAAUCCAUGUCCGCCUACUGCCAGGAAGUAAAGGUAAUUUCGGAUCAAUUAGCUAACGUUGGCUCACCCGUCAACGAACACUCCCUAGUGAUUCAAUUACUUUCCGGUUUAAAUGAAGCCUAUGGUGGCGUUGCCUCAAUACUUCAGAACACAAAACCUUUACCCACUUUCUAUGAGGCUCGUUCUCAAUUAAUUCUCGAAGAGACUACCAAGGCAAACCGGGUCGCCAACGAAACCGCCCUACACACAUCUCAUCAGCCAAGCAACCCUCCUCCAACCCCAACCCCAACCCAAACCACAAAUCAUGCUCCUAAUCGAAAUAGUCGAGGUCGUGGCCGUGGUCGUGGCCGCGGACGUGGCAGAAGUCACACACCAACCUGGUCAGGGCAACAAUGGAAUGGGUACCCUUGGACAGCCCAGCCUUCGGCCCACACAAACCGUCCACCAUCAUGGGCCAACCCCAAUGCUUACUAUUGGGCUACACCCCCUUGUCCGUACCCCACUGUCCCACCAUCAAGGCCCGUUAACAGCAACCCACAACAAGGCAUUCUGGGCCCUCGACCUCAGCAAGCAUACACUGCAUCUGAAGCAAGCUACACUCCAACGGAGCUUGAUCAAGCUUUCAAUGCCUUCUCCCUUCAUCCUCCAGAUCAUUCCUGGUACAUGGAUACGGGUGCUACAGGAUCUCCACACCCGGAAGCACCUUCUUCGAUGUGAUAGCUCUGGUGACCUCUACCCGCUCACUCUUCCUUCACGCCAUCAUGUCUCUCAUGCUCCCGUUUCUACGUUUUUAGCCGUGUCUCAAGAUACUUGGCACCGCCGUCUUGGGCACCCCGGAAUAAACAUUUUACGUUGUUUAAAACCAUGUUUGUCUUCUAUUUCCAAUGAUGUUAAACAUUCUACCAUUUGUGAACCUUGUGUGUUUGGAAAACAAGUUAAAUUCCCUUUUCAUGUUUCUACUA